GAAAAGUAGCUUCCUCCUAGUUAUAUAUAUAUAUAUAUCAAACACGAACCGGAGAAAACGCCUGUGCGGUGAAUAAGAUUGCAAAAGAUAUAUAAGGAAGCAAAACGUUCUGGAUUUUAAUUUUCUUUUGUUGUGGACUUUGAAUUAUCUUUGUAACCCAUCACAAGCAGUUACUGGUUAUGCUGUACAGAUGACAGAUUCCAUCCCAUUGAUGAGUCGACUUCCAUAGCAAGACGCAAUCCUUGGUAGACCUCCAAGGAUAACUGGGGAACCUCCAUCAUUACCAAUUCUUUUCUCUGUGUGUGUUCACAAGAGCUAUCAAAACUGUUUCUCCAAAGGCUUUUCAGUAAACUAAGACUGUUUUCCAAAGCAGAAGCACCGCAGUCCACAGCAGUGGCAAUGGGCAGCGUGCGAACCAACCGCUACAGCAUUGUAUCAUCAGAAGAAGACGGAAUGAAGCUGGCAAAUAUGGCAAUUACAAAUGGCUGUGGCAACGGAAAAAGCAAAAUCAAUACUCGACAGCAGUGUCGAAGUCGUUUUGUUAAAAAAGACGGACAUUGCAAUGUGCAGUUUAUAAAUGUUAGUGAAAAAAACCAGCGGUAUUUGGCAGACAUUUUUACAACUUGUGUAGAUAUCCGUUGGAGGUGGAUGCUGGUUAUCUUUUGUCUUGCUUUCAUUUUAUCCUGGCUUUUUUUUGGCUGUGUAUUUUGGCUUAUUGCUCUAUUACAUGGAGACUUAGAUGCCCCUCAAGGCAAUCAGCCCUGCGUUUCACAGGUGAGCAGCUUCACAGCAGCAUUUCUAUUCUCUAUUGAGACACAGACAACUAUUGGCUAUGGCUUCAGGUGUGUAACAGAAGAAUGCCCCAUAGCAGUGUUUAUGGUUGUUUUCCAGUCUAUAGUGGGCUGCAUUAUUGAUGCCUUCAUCAUCGGCGCUGUAAUGGCAAAAAUGGCAAAGCCAAAAAAGAGAAAUGAAACACUCGUAUUCAGUCACAAUGCUAUAAUAGCAAUGAGAGAUGGAAAGCUUUGCUUGAUGUGGAGAGUGGGAAAUCUACGGAAGAGUCACUUAGUAGAAGCUCAUGUGAGGGCCCAGCUCCUCAAAUCGAGAGUUACUCCUGAAGGUGAAUACAUCCCACUUGAUCAAAUAGACAUCAAUGUUGGUUUUGAUAGUGGGAUAGAUCGUAUAUUUUUGGUUUCCCCAAUAACAAUAGUACAUGAGCUAGAUGAAGAAAGUCCUUUGUAUGACUUAAGUAAACAAGACUUAGAAACUUCCGAAUUUGAAAUAGUAGUAAUUCUUGAAGGAAUGGUGGAAGCCACAGCGAUGACAACACAGUGUCGCAGUUCAUACUUAGCAAAUGAAAUACUUUGGGGACAUCGUUAUGAACCUGUACUUUUUGAAGAAAAGAACUAUUACAAAGUAGACUAUUCCCGGUUUCAUAAAACAUAUGAAGUACCCAAUACACCUGUUUGCAGUGCUAGAGACCUAGCAGAAAAGAAAUACAUUCUUUCAAAUACGAACUCGUUCUGCUAUGAGAACGAGAUAGCUUUAACAAGCAAGGAAGAGGAUGACAGUGACAAUGGUGUUCGUGAAAGUACAAUCACAGAUAUGCCCACAGAUAUGAACCGUCACAAUCAGGCAAUGAUUCCUCUAGAUCCUAGGCCUUUACGACGAGAAUCUGAAAUAUGACUGACUCAAUUUAAGUACAUAUUUUUUUUUGAAAAUAUGAAAUAAAAAAUAUGUAAACUGAUACAUGAGGCACUGAGCUUGCCCAGGUCAGUUUAUGAUGGUGGUACUGUAAAAGACAGAUGUUUACUGUGAGACACCAUGGAGCACGAAAGGCAGCACAUAACCUGUCAUGAUAUGGAGUUGUAAGAAAUACACCAUUCUCAAAGUUAAAGCAAAAAAGCACUGAUUUUAUGCCCAACCAUGAGUAAAAGGUGCAUAGAGAGUAAAUUAGUAUAAACACAUUUCUGUGAUAGAACUUGAGCUAACAGGGAAGCAUGGUUGGAGAAUGAGAUGUAGCAUAAAUAUAUAAAUACCUAACUAUAUUGAAUAAGUAUGCAUAUAGGAGCAGAACAAGGAUGUUUUUAAUGGCAUAGACAAGGCAUAGCAAACAUUUUCAUUGCCUUAUUUUGAAAACUGCUGCUAUGUAUCUAAAAGAACAGUAACAUUUAUUAAUACAUCUAGUAAUGAAAACACAUGUAAAACCAAGGUAAUUAUGUUAAUCCACUGAUUGCUAGAUGAUCAGACGGAAUGAGAGAUCCUUCAUCAACGCCUGCCCAAAGCAGGUAUGCAGCAUAGAACCAGAAGACAGGAUAUGCUGUGUUGCUGAAGUUUUUGAGUAUAGCCAUUUUCAGGUUUUAGAUAUUGUAUGAACCAUAGUACAUGUGUGCAUAUUAUACACAUGCAUGAGCAAAUAACCUGGACAGAUACAAAAAUGAGUCCAAGUUUACAGUUCCCAAGUUUUAUCCAUGGCGAUUUCACCAAGAAGCACUGUGCUGAAUAAAACAAGUUAACGAUUUAUGUUCCAUUUAGGGCAUUAUAUGUUGUUGUCCAAAAGACAGUUUAACAGGCUGCUUAAAAUCUUAGUCUUUUAAUGUAAUUUUACAUUUAUGUGCCUAGUGAAAGGCACAGGAACUGCGUUAUUUUGCACAAAAGAUCAUAUGAAGGAAUUAGAUUAAUUAGGACAAGGAAUGUUAAGUUUUGGUAGAUAUGAAAAGUGAUGCUUCAUUGCAUUGCGCAUCCAUACUACACAAGUAUAUUCCAGCUUCUGGAAAGAAACUGGUAUUCAUAGGUCUGUCACACUAUAAAAAUGGCACUACAUCAGCUGUACCUGAAAAUCAACUGUCCUUCUAUACACCACUUUCUUUAAGUUAUAAUUGAAUAUUAUUUGUACAGUUGAUACAACAGCUUUAGAAUAGAAUCAAAUUUGCACAAGACCAAUAGAGCCUGUAAUUGAAUCUGAUUAAUAUUUAGAUUGUUUAUUUGUUAUAAUACUGGCUGAAUUUCCUUCAGUCAAAUUGAUGUGCUUAUUUUGCAUGAAAUUGCACAAGUAGAAACAAAGCUAUACCAAAAGAUGACAAAUAGAUGUGUCACAUAGAAAAGAAUCUGGAGUAUUUUUGUACUGGUUAACAUUUCUCCAUGUGGCACACAAACACGUUGUAUAUAUGAAUACUGCAUCAUUGGAAGGUCAUUUUAAGUUAAAAUUUUCAGCUGUUUCGCAUGCCUCCUUUCACAAUAGUUACCAUAUGCUGAUUUUGGUGCUGCUUUGUAUAAAAGAAAAAUAAAGAUCAAAUUCCUGACAUUUGCAGUAUUUUUAUAUGGUACAAUGCCAAAUUUAGAUGACAAGUCUGUUCUUAGAUAUGUCAUAAUGAGCCUAAGAACUAUAGUAAUUCUGAAUUAACUGAAUUAACGAAGCCCUUUAUGCCAUUAAAAAUAUCUUGUUUCACUUUAAGUGUAUUAUCUCUGACAAGCUUACCACUAGGAAAGCACUUAUCCCUAAAUUAUCUUAAUCAAAGUGAAUAGUAUACUCAUCACUUAAAAGUAACUCUAAUGGAGUAGCCAUUGUUGCUAUGUUAUGUUUAUUUGAAUCGUAGGGAUCAUCUUGUGUGAAGCUAUGGUUCCCCAUAAAUUACCAAGGUUACAUAACCACAGCAUGCUUUAUAUUAUUAGAAACCUUAAGCUUUACAAUGUUGGUAACAUUUGCAUCUUGCCAAUAUACAAAUUAACGAUGAAAGCCUUUUUUUUCCGUGAAAAAUCCCCUAAUGUGUAGUUUGAUGAAAGUUAUACGGCUAUGUCAGUGUUUGUUUUCAAUUCAUUGUACUUUAAAUGGAACUAUAUAAUUUUAAUUUAUGGGAAUGAGACAAUGCUGUUAAGUAGCUGAUAUAGAAAGCGUGGCCAUUGGCAUUGUUUGGGCAAGUGUGGAAUGUUCAAAAACUAAACAUGGUUAACUGGUCACAGUUGGUAAAAAUGAUUUGAAAGUUACAAGUGCUGCUAUAAUACAUAUUCUGAGAAAGAAGCACAUCUAAACCAAAGAGUAUUCAUUGACAGACAAAUGAAGAAUUGAAUGAAAAGCUGUUUUAGACAGUAAAUGCAUAGUGCUGCCACCCAGAGACUUAAAGCACAAUUGCAAGAAAAAUAACUCGUUGAGAGCAGAUACAAUUUGCAACCUCUGCACACUUACUCUAGCAAAUUAACAAUUUUGCUAAAGCAUUAUGUUUUGUAAAGUAUAAUUUUAUAAAAUGUAUGGAAUAUUUUCAUAUUUAAAGCCAAAUGUAAAUAAAGAAUAUAAAAUAUGCCAUGGAAACUAUGAAUCCAGUGUAACAAUUCUCUUACCUAGCUCUUAGAUGCUACAGGUUAGCAUGAAACAUUGUUACCCUUAUUUACAAGACUCAUAGGGUUUACACUUCUACACUUAUUUAUUAUUUAAGCAUGAUUUCUUAAUAUGGAAAACUUUUUAUAGAAUACUGGGUUUUGAACCGUUCAGAUCAUUUAGAAUGCUAAGGAUAUGUCAAGAGCUGACAUGCUGAUGUCUUUCAUAUGCACUCUUGGAGAAGGAAUUCAUGUAUUUAGUCAUUUACUUUUUAUCUGAAAAUCAUUGACAACAUAUUUUCAUUGUUGUUAUAUUUAUUUAUUUAGUUAUGUAAAUAAAAAAGUCAUGUGAGGACUCAUCGGUCCAAAUUAAACAAAACAUACAGUUACUGAACUGGCUUACUCAACCUUAAGUCUUUUUCACCCCCCAAUCAACAUUUUUGCAGUAACCCAUAUGUCUAGUCUAUUUUUGUACAGUGCUACUAGUUCUUUGGGUUUCCUAGAAACUGCAUAAAACCUGUUUCCCCCUUCUUAUCUACUUUUAACACUGCACUUACUUAAAACCAGCACACAACUGAUUAUUGGUUGAUUAUUAAUUCUUUUUUCCCCCUAAAAUGCAACGCAACUAGCAGUGUUAGUGGCAAAAAGUGUUUUUCUCAAAGCAACCAUUCCUGCUUUUAUCAUGCAGACAUACAGCUCAGUGUGAUUGACACCUUUUAUCAUUAUGCACACACAGGCUUUUGCAUAAACCAAGAUUCUAUGUGUUGUGUUAAAUUAUUUGUUAUGAACCACAUUAGUAUUGUCAUUUUUUGGGGCCUGAAUGAGUGAAGUCCCACCUUGAAGCGGUGACCUCUCCCUAAGUCUAAGCUUGUAGAGAAGAAGGAUAUGUCCAUACUGUAAUAUAUUCCAUGGUAGUCAGUGCGAUUUUUAUUUUGCAUAUCUGACAGCUCCCCCUGUUGGCCAGAAAGCAUGGUGCAGCCUGUACUGGCAUGGUGCAGAUCUUGCAAUACCAGGUAAACAGUGAGUACUGACAGAUACCCAUCCCCAGUUACAUUGCUGUGCCAUCCCUGCAUGUCUUAAAUGUGAGUCUGUACUGUUGGAAUUUCUUAUGUGGAAAGCAGGAAUGGGAUUCUAGCAUAUACAUCCUUUUAGAUGGGCAAUUCAUUAUUACCCACACCCUGUCAUCCCUACUUCUUUGGCUCCUUCACCAAUCCGUUACUUAAAUGACCACAGAUUUUCAAGCUCUGGUUAGGGAUGAAAACUUGCCAGCUCACAGCCAGUUCCAGUAUAACCACAUCCUCAAUUUUGUUAGCCAAACAUGUUACAUAAAAUACAAAAUUUGAACAAUUUUGUCCAUUUAUUCAUAAUGAUAAAAAUGCAGGUGUAUUGCUCAUACUUAUCUAGAAGAUACUUGAAAUAAGGUAAGGUUAGAAUCAUACACAUAUACAUAUACACAUACAUAUACAUAUAUCCUUAGCUGGUAGGGUGCAGAAGAGGUGUCUGUUAAGCAGAGAAAGUGCUGAAGAGGUAUGAGCUAAAAACACUGAAACUGUAGCUAAAUACUGGAGCUAAAAGCUGAAGUGUACAUCUUAUUUCAUCGAUACCAAAGACAUAAAUGUGCUUCUAUUAAACUCUUGCUCUUAUUGUUUAAAAGACACAUCCCUUGGACUGAAUAUUUGAACAUGGAAGCAGGUUGUAUACUUCAAUUUCCAUGCUGCUAAUAACCUUAUGGAUUUUAUAACUAAUUUGUUAUUCUGUUAUCCUUCAGAAAUGAGAAAAAGUGCUGGUCAGAAGACAGUUCAGUCUAACUGUGGGUGAAAACGAAAUCUGUUUUUCACCUUUAAUAUAAGACAAAUGUUUUACAGUUAUACUUUUUUGUUGGUCUCUGUGUUUUCAUAUUGGGAAUACAAGGUAAAAUCAAGUACUGUAACUUGUUUAGAAAUAGCUGCUGAAAACCACUUUUGGCAAAUUCUUGCUUGAUCAGUGGUCUUUCAUUCCUUCUCACCACCCUGCCCUUAGAUCAUAACCUUAGCCUGCAGCUCCUGAUGUGUGAACUUUCUAGGCAUAUGACAAUCUCAGACUAUCAGAUGUUAUAUUUUCCUGUUUGCAGCCUUUUGUAUUAAUGUCUUCCUAUUGUACUGCACAGAUUGUGGAUUGUACAUAUUUUUAUAUUGUAUGUCUUAUUUUAUUGUUUUUGAAUAAAAAGAAUUGAAAUAUAA